ACGACGAUGACGUCACGGUUGACGAUGACGUCAUCCUCGACGUAAGUCUUCUCGCGUGGAGUGACUUCGUUUGACCGCUGCAAGGCCUCUUACCACCGCCACCACAAUCACCUUCACCACCCUCGUCGUCGCCAGCACAGGGAAAGCAACCAUGGUGGCCUACUGGAGACAAGCGGGCAUCAGCUACAUUCGCUACUCAGAGAUCUGCGCCCGUGUGGUCCGGGCGGUCCUCAAGCCGGAGUUCCGGGGCGAGGCGCUCAAACGGACAGCGACCACCAUCCGCCUGGUGAAGCCUGCAGGAACCAAGACGCAGUAGGAAGUGAACCCCAAUGGAUGCUGGGAUACCUCCACAACCCCUCCCCCCCUCCGCAGACUCAGGGAUGUGGAACUGAGACACCCAGCUGACUCACUCA